AUGGAUGCUUUCGAGAAAACCGCACUCUCCACAGACAGUUUCAAACAUGUCAUUGAUGGGAAACUUGCUGACUCCCCUACCAAUGCCGAGGCCAUCAAUCCCUCCACCGGGGAAGUCUUCGCCCACGUUCCCGUCGCGACUCGAGAACAGCUGGAGGAGACUAUCGCCGCCGCCGAGCGCGCCUUCCCUACCUGGAGUGCGAAGGCAUGGGGCGAGCGAGCAGACAUCUUGAGGGCCCUUGCUGCACUCAUCGAGCGGCAUGCGGAGCGGUUUAAUACGAUGAUCAUGCGAGAAGUUGGCAAGGACCGCGCCAGCGCGGCAUAUGAGGUUAUGAGUGCAUCUUCAUGGCUACGUGCAUAUGCAUCGCACACCCUGCAGGACGAGGUCUCGACAGGGGCGACAGGGAGGGUGUCACAAGUCCGCUACCGGCCGUACGGAGUGUGUGGCGCGAUCAUUGCAUUCAACUUCCCGCUGGUUCUGUGCGUCCUCAAGUUGGGCCACUCCCUCCUCGUUGGAAAUUGUCUCAUCAUUAAGGUUCCGCCAACCUCGCCGUGCGUCGCCCUCAAGUUCGUCGAGCUCGCUCAAUCUAUUGUCCCUCCGGGAGUGCUCUCCGCACUCUACGGUGGUAGUGAUUUAGGCCAGUGGAUCGUAGAGCACCCGCGAAUCUGGCGCAUCUCCUUCACGGGCUCCACGGCGGCUGGGCGCGCUAUCCUAAGCUCAGCCGCCCCACAUGUCAAGAACAUCACUCUGGAACUAGGAGGUAACGAUCCUGCGAUUGUGCUCCCCGACGUCGACGUCAAGAAGGUGGCGCAACACCUCUUCCUGGCGGCCACGAGCAACGCCGGGCAGAUAUGCUUCAACACCAAGCGGCUUUAUAUCCACGAAGACGUCUACGACGCCUUCCGAGAUGAGAUCGUGGCGCUUGCCCGGGCCGCGGUAGUUGGCGACCCAUUCGACCCGGAGACAACUAUCGGCCCUGUGCAGAAUCAGAGACAGUACGACAAGCUGAAAGGUCUCAUGGCCGACUCGAAGGACAAAGGCUACAAGAUCGCCUUCGAGUGCGAGGCUCCCGCUCACGGGGAGAAGUCCAAGGGAUACUUCAUACCGGUCACGAUCCUAGACAACCCCCCGGAAGACUCUCGGGUCGUCCGCGAAGAGCAAUUCGGCCCGAUCAUUCCGCUCUUGAAGUGGCGAGAUGACGGAGAAGUGGUGGCGCGCGCAAAUAGCGACGAGUAUGGAUUCAGCGCGACGCUCUGGGGAUCCGACAUGAAACGCCUUCGGAGCAUCGCGGACAGGCUGUUCUACGGCAUGGUUUGGAUCAACGAAUGGGGCGUUAUCGACGGCGACCAUCUCAUAACGGGUACAAAGCACUCGGGGGGAGGCGUGGAGAGCUCGAAAUACGCCUUGUCCUCCUGGGCAUACAUUCAGUCCUUCACAUGUAAGGAGUCACUGGAUUGA